AUGAAGACCCAGUCGACCUCGCCAUUGGGUCACGCGACACCUACACCCCCUCGAAAACCUUCCACCAGAACAGUUGCUCAGCGAAAAGUCUACGGGAAGAAGAGAAACAAUGCCCCCAGAGCUGUGUUCGAUCAAAAGAGCCCAGCAAAGGUAGUCGAUUACCCUCAACGAUCAGAUGUGGCAGUAGAAGCCAUUCAGGAAAAAUUGGCCAAGGUGUCCAUUACCGAGAAGCUAGAUCCUGUCCAGGAGGCCAGCACUCUACCACUACCAGAGAGCCAGGGAGAACAGACAAUCAAUCCAAGAGCCCAGGAUCGUGACGAGCCGACAACUUCAGCCUCUCCACAACAUGCGCACACCCCACCCAAGGGACCUUCGGUCAAGGCCCCCAAGAAAAAGAACUACCAAUCGAUAGUGGAGGUGAGGAUUGAUCCCAAGGCGGCCCAGCCGGAAACCACAAUGACCCAAGAGGAGACCGAUACUGUACCCUCAAGGGAAAGAGCAGCACGGAGGAAGACACCCACAGCGCGAAGAUCAUCUGGAUUUGUUCACGACACCAAAGCGAACGCCUACGUUCGCCCAAUUCUGAACGAAGCACUAUCAUCAAUAUCAUCACAAAGCAUCCAAAUUUUCAGCACCUGGGCCUCACGGUCUGCCACCAUGUUCCACGUCGCGAAGCUAGCCGAAGGCUCAUACGGAGAGGUUUACAAACUGCAUUUACACGAAGAAGGCAGUAGACCAGCAGUCUCAAAGUCCAAACUGGCGAAACUGAGAGCGUAUGGAGAUGGUGUGUUUAAAGUGGUACCACUCCGAGCGCAAAGCGGUCCGGGAUCGAAGAAAUUCACCAGCAUUGACGAAAUCGUCUCCGAAGUCAAAAUGCUCAAAUAUCUAGAUCCAAUCCCUGGAUUUGCCCGCUUCCGAGAGAUUCAUGUGGUGCAAGGCCGCUUCCCGGAAACUUUUCAAGCUGCUUGGGAUCAUUACAAGAAGACUAAGGAUGACUGCAUGAACCCGAACCCGGCGAACAAAAAGGCGUACCCAGAUUCCCAGUUGUGGGCAAUUAUAGAGAUGGAUGAUGCGGGGUGUGAAUUAGAGAAAUUUUCCUGGACAUCGACCUUCCAGAUCUAUGAUAUUUUCUGGGGCGUAGCUAUGGCUUUAGCUCGUGCUGAGGAGUACGCUCUCUUUGAGCACCGAGAUCUUCAUUUGGGGAAUGUAUGCAUUCGGUCUACUAGACCAGAUGGUUCGAUGGAACCACCCACCGAUAUGGAGAUUGCUCGCCAGCAAUCCCCUAGUGGAUUUGGCAUUAGUGCAUUGGAGACUACUAUCAUUGAUUACUCCCUCUCUCGCGCUGACUUGCACUUGGCUGAUCUUCCCGAUGAUCCUGAAGGCAUUAUUGAGAAUGCCUCGUCAGACUUGGAUAAAAAGCAAAUAUUUGAUGCUAUUGGCCAGGAUGAGGACGAGAUCUUGUUGAGAGACACUUAUAGACAUAUGCGCGCAACUGUCUACACAGGAAACCCUUCUGAAACCGAGAAGACACCUAAUAUCCCCGGUAUCUGGGCAGAGUAUGCACCGCGAACCAAUUUGGUCUGGCUGCUUUUCAUUUUGAAAAAUCUGUUGAAGAACAGAAAGCCCGAAGCUUCUCAACAACCAGCAGCGCAGCCGCAAAGGAAGGCUUUGGCUCCCUGCUCACCCAACAGGGUAAUGGAAAGACAAUCAGCAACGGGCAAAACAAGCAAACCCAAGGAUCAAAGCGUGGCUAGUAUCGUCAUAAAGGAACGACAGACCAAAGAUCUACAAACCCGUGUUGCACAACUCAAGCAGACUCUCGAGGGAAGACUCGACUCGGUGCUCAGUCUUUUGGACCUGGAACAUGGUCAUGAAGAUAUGUGUUGUGCGGCCGAUCUUGUUGCUUAUGCCAUGGAUUCACAAUGGCUCGCUGAGGAGGAUUUUUUCUGA